GCCUGCGAGGACCCCGGGCUGGGCGCCGCCGCCGGUUCGUCUCCCCUUUCCUUCGGCCGCCUCCUUUCAACCUUGUCCACGGGUCGGGGCGGCUCAGCCCGGUGCCUGCCGCGCUUCUCUUUCUCUCCUCCUGCCCAGCCCGCCCGCCAUGGCUCUACUCACUGCGGCCGCCCGGCUCUUCGGAAGCAAGAAUGCUUCCUGUCUUGUUGUUGCUGCCCGGCAUGCCAGUGCUUCUUCUUCGAAUUUGAAAGAUGUACUGUCCGACUUGAUACCUAAGGAACAGGCCAGAAUUAAAAACUUCAGACAGCAACAUGGCAAGACAGUAGUUGGCCAAAUCACCGUUGAUAUGAUGUAUGGUGGCAUGAGAGGCAUGAAGGGAUUGGUAUAUGAAACGUCGGUUCUGGAUCCUGAUGAGGGCAUCCGCUUCAGAGGCUACAGUAUCCCCGAAUGCCAAAAGCUGCUGCCCAAGGCUAAGGGUGGGGAAGAGCCCUUACCUGAGGGCUUGUUUUGGCUGCUGGUAACUGGAAAAAUUCCAACAGAGGAACAGGUAUCUUGGCUCUCAAAAGAGUGGGCUAAAAGGGCAGCGCUGCCUUCUCAUGUCGUCACCAUGCUUGACAACUUUCCCAACAAUCUGCAUCCCAUGUCUCAACUCAGUGCAGCCAUUACAGCUCUCAACAGUGAAAGUAAUUUUGCUCGAGCAUACGCAGAGGGCGUCAACCGAACCAAAUAUUGGGAGUUGGUUUACGAGGACUGUAUGGAUCUGAUUGCAAAGCUACCUUGUGUUGCCGCAAAGAUUUACCGAAAUCUCUAUCGAGAGGGCAGCAGCAUUGGAGCCAUUGACUCUAAGCUGGACUGGUCCCACAAUUUCACCAACAUGUUAGGCUAUACCGAUGCUCAGUUCACUGAGCUCAUGCGUUUGUACCUCACCAUCCACAGUGACCACGAGGGCGGCAAUGUAAGUGCCCAUACCAGCCACUUGGUGGGCAGUGCGCUUUCAGAUCCUUACCUGUCCUUUGCAGCAUCUAUGAAUGGGCUGGCAGGGCCCCUACAUGGACUUGCAAACCAGGAAGUGCUUGUAUGGCUGACACAACUACAAAAGGAAGUUGGCAAAGAUGUGUCAGAUGAGAAGUUACGAGACUACAUAUGGAAUACACUCAACUCAGGACGGGUUGUCCCAGGCUAUGGCCAUGCAGUCUUAAGAAAGACAGACCCACGUUAUACCUGUCAGCGGGAGUUUGCUCUGAAACAUCUGCCUCAAGACCCCAUGUUUAAGCUAGUUGCUCAGCUGUACAAGAUUGUGCCCAAUGUUCUCUUAGAGCAGGGCAAGGCAAAGAAUCCCUGGCCCAAUGUUGAUGCUCAUAGUGGAGUAUUGCUCCAGUACUAUGGCAUGACGGAGAUGAAUUACUACACAGUCCUGUUUGGGGUGUCACGGGCACUGGGUGUGCUGGCGCAGCUUAUCUGGAGCCGAGCUCUAGGUUUCCCUCUGGAGAGGCCCAAGUCCAUGAGCACAGAGGGUCUGAUGAAGUUUGUAGACUCUAAGUCCGGGUAAAACUGGAGACUGGGGUAAAACUAACUACUAGAAAGUGAGGGCGCUUUAAGAAAAAUGUAUACUUUUGUUUCAGGGGGCCUUUAAAGACAAAUUGUAUCCGAGGCACUGAUGCUAAGUUUGAGGUUAAUAUAAAUUAAGACUUUAAGAAAUAAAAAGUGACCCCUUCCCUAAACAGCUCCUUUCCCCUGCCUGGUAGGAGUUGCCCAUCAAUUGUAGGAUGAUCAGGACUAAUGCAUGUGGUACAGGUUAGCUUUGCGAUGCCCCGCCACCUCCAUCUCUAGAGAGAAUCUUACUCCUUUUCCCCAGGACAAAGCAGGCUGUAGACAAUCUGCAGUCAUGUCAAGAGCUUUUGGUUCUAUCCUUACUGGGCCAGCAAACCAGCAUUCUGCUGCUUUCAUAGGAAUCAUGUUGGCUUGUAAGCUGUUCUGAGCCCAGUUUUCCUCUCUGUGCACACAGACGCCUCUCCUGAUCAAAAUCUGUUGGUUAGCCAGGUAUGCUUUGGCCCUUUUCUUUCUUCUAAAAAGGUGACCAUAAAGGCCAUGGCAUUUAUUGAAGUGGCACCUGCUGUUUGGUUUUCUUAAUUCUUAAAUGAAAAUUAAGGUCUGGGAGUGUUCUAUUUGCCAUUACUUUAACAUCCAUGCCCUUCCCUACUUUCUCUACUUGCUACUCCUCAGGCCGAAGAUGCUCUGCAUCUUCACUUCUUGAUCCCUACAAAACACCUUGUUCAUCCAGUCUACCACUGUUUGACUUGUGGGCUCUCCCGGCCAUUUGGUUUAUGAGUGCUUCCUGUGAUCUAAGCUUUUUACUUCCUCAGAGCACACACCUUUAGCCUGUAACUGACUUUCUCUUUUAAUAAAUGCUGUGGCUAUAGUAUAAGGACUUGGAAAUAUCUUGCAUGAUACCUUUAUGGUCUAGUCCCAGGGUUACAUAAGCCCCUUUUGGAACAGAUAAAUGGUUUGAUAUUGGAUAUAGUCUUUGAAUCUGGGCCAAGGGCUGAGGACAUUAAAAAGAAUAAGCCUGCCUUCCCAACCCUGCCACAAGAAAGCCCCUUUAUUUAUCGAGGUCCUGGUCCUGCCCCUCCCCACGACAUCACAGUACAGUGUCUGCUUAGAAGCCCCAUUUGCACAGAUUGUCAGUGACUCAGACUGCUCUAUUGCCUUUUCUUUAAGAAAGGAUUGAAAUACACUCCUGCUGUGCCCUUUCUCACAACUCCUGCCUAUGUUUGUGUGGAUCCCCAAGUUCCCAGAACCAUGCUGUUGAGAUGAACACACUGUCUGUAAACCCCUGGAUAACUGUCAAGUCACGAUGCAAACUUCAGGUUGUUCUGUAUAAAAAUGCAAAAUAAAUGUUUUUAUUAACAA